AUGCCACCGAAACGUAAAGCGAGCAUACCCGCAAACGCCGCAUCUGCGAAGAACUACACCGACGUAACAGGCGACGCUCCCAACAAGCGCUCGCGCAUUGCCAAACCUCUUCCGAAAGUGACUACGAAAGAUGCCCCUCCCGUAGACGCGAUAGCGAAGAACACCAAGAAUGGAGCGCCUGGAGAAGCAGUGAAGAAGGAGGAAGAAGGCUUCGACCAUUCGAGACCGGAAGAGAGAGCCGGCAUAGUCGAUCGACGAUACUACCCUGCUGAGAUGAGCAACGAGCGAUGCGCCUUGUACAAUCAGAAUGAGAUACCGCGACCGAUCGAAAUCUUGAACAAGACGUUGGCGAGUACAAAAGAUAAACGAAAGGCUAUCAGAGAAGGGAAGAAAGCGCAACAUGGCGACGCGGUGGUACAUUGGUUCAAGAGGGAUCUGCGGAUACGGGAUAAUACUGGCCUAUCGCAAGCAGCAGUGUUGGCAAGGGAAAAGGGAGUGGGCGUGAUAGGCGUUUGGUUCAUGAGCCCACAGGACUGGGAAGCUCAUCUGGUCAGCCCGCCUAAAUGCGACUUCGAAUUGCGCUCUGUGGAGACACUCAAGAAGGAACUGGAAGAACUGGAUAUCCCCCUCUACAUCGAGACGAUUCCCGAACGAAAGAACGUGACAAAGCGAUUGGUGGAGUUGGCUGAAGAAUGGAAUGCGAAGAACGUCUUCUGCAACUUGGAAUACGAGCCUGAUGAGCUCCGGCGAGAGGAGCGCUUACUGCGCAUGAUGCUGGAAAAGGGCAUCAACUUCGAGCCGCACCACGACGACUGCGUUGUGCCACCUGGAAGUCUCAAGACAGGAGGUGGGAAGCAAUAUGCUAUGUACAGCCCGUGGUACCGAGCCUGGGUUGCACAUCUGCACGCGCAUCCGCAUCUUCUGAACGAGCGUCCCAUGCCCGGACGAAACCGUCCAGACUUCCGCAAGAAAUUCACUAAGCUCUUCGACUCGAAGGUCCCCGAUCUACCAGAAUGCAAGGCGUUGACGGCAGAAGAGAAAGAACGUUUUCAGCACUUAUGGCCCGCGGGCGAGUCCGCUGCCAUUGAUCGCCUCGAGCGCUUCUUGAUUGAAAAGAUUGGAAAAUACAAGGACACACGCAACUUCCCUGCUAUGAACAGCACCGGGCGUGUCAGUGUGCAUCACGCUGCUGGUACACUGGCGGCACGAACCAGUAUACGUAUGGCCCGGGACGUCAACAGCGCGAAGAAGCUCGACGGAGGGAAAGAUGGUGUUAAGGGUUGGAUGGGGGAAGUUGCAUGGCGAGACUUUUAUCGGCAUGUGCUUGUACACUGGCCCUACGUUUGCAUGAACAAGCCCUUCAAAUUCGAAUACACAAACAUUGAAUGGGAGUACAACGACGCCCACUUCCAAGCCUGGACCCAAGGCCAGACCGGCUACCCCAUCGUCGACGCCGCGAUGCGCUGCCUAAAUCACACAGGCUACAUGCACAACCGCCUGCGCAUGAUAACCGCCUCCUUCCUCGCAAAGCACCUCCUCCUCGACUGGCGCCUCGGCGAACAAUACUUCCUCACGCACCUCAUCGACGGCGACUUCGCGUCCAACAACGGCGGCUGGGGCUUCAGUGCAUCGACUGGUGUAGAUCCACAGCCGUACUUUAGAAUCUUCAAUCCGUGGACACAGUCGGAGAGGUUUGAUGAACAGGGCGAGUUCAUUAAGUUGUGGGUUAAGGAACUGGAGGAGGUGGAGGGGGCUGCUAUACAUAAUCCGUAUGCGGCGGGUGGCAAGGCUGCGCAGAUUGCGAAGGCGAAGGGCUAUCCUGAGCCGGUUGUUGAGCAUAAGUUUGCGAGGGAGAGGUGCUUGGCCAGGUAUAAGGCUGGUAUUGGGAGAGAGACUGCUUGA